AUGCCUCUAUCCACGCCCGCUGAUGGCACCGAAUCAAGCGCCGAGCCAACCACGACCCCGGGCGUGCCACCCAACGACGCGCCGACGCCCGCCACCCAAGAAGAUGGAUCCAUCAGAGCAUGGUUCGAAUUAGCAAAGGCCGUCCGAACCAACGACACACACGACCCGACGCCCGGCGACACCGUCCUCAUCGUCGACAAGACCUACGCUCGCGUCCUGGCCUGCCAUCCCGGGCGCCACCUGCUCCUCGACGACAUUACCGAGUACGACAACACGCAGGCCGUCCCCGAGCGCUGGACCUGGCUCUGCACCCAGUCGGACAACUUCAUCGGGUUCCGCAACCUCGCCGAGGACAGCUUUCUCGGCCACGACCUGUGGUGGAACAUUGCCGCCCAAGGCACCGCGCAAAAGGGCUGGGAGCACUUUGUGCUGACCAAACAGCGCGACGGCUACCACAUCAAGAGCCCGUUUUGGGGGUCGCUGAAACCGCUGGCGGCGCGCUUGGAUGGUGCGGGCAUCGAGGCCGGCCAGCCGGACGGUACGUUGUGGGCGUUUGUACGAGUCAGCGAGUGA